AUGAGGAAGAAGCGGAACGAAGACGAGCAAGAGCUAGGGAGCGGCGAAAGCAGUUGGAAGAACAGGAAGCUCCAGUGGAAGAGGAUGAACCUGUUGAGCAUGAUGAGGUUAGGAAUGCUUUCCGGCUCAUCUUUUCGGAAUUCACGAAACAUUUUUAUGGCUGAGGAAUUGAAAAGGCGACGAGCCGAGCUGCGAGCUCGUGCAUUAAUCAAGGAAGAAGAGGAAUUUACGAAGCCGGAGGAGGCAGAAGAGGAUGAGGAAAAUGAGGAAGAGUCGAGUGAGGAGGAGAGUGAAGAAAGCGAGGACGAUACGGUGCCCAGAAUGAAACCGGUCUUCGUUGAAAAGUAUAACCACUAUGCUUAG